GAUACCUUAGGGGCCAAUGCAAGGCCUGGGCAACAGAAGGCAGGGUGGGUGGAGCUGAGGCAGGGAAGGGAUAAAUGCCAGAUCCUAACCCACAACACCCACCCGUGGUUCGUUCGUCCUCAGUGCAGGGCAACAGGACUUCGGGCUCAAGAUGGUGGCAGCAGCCAUGUUGCUACGAUGUUGCCCGGUGCUUGCCCAGAGUCCCACAGGCCUCCUGCGUAAGGUGACUAAAGCUCAUCAGUUCCUGUUUGGUAUUGGACGCUGCCCCAUCCUGGCUGCCCAAGGACCAGCAUGUUCUCAGAUCCACCUUAAAGCAACCAAAGCUGGAGAAAACUCUUCAUCUUGGGCCAAAGGCCACUGUCCCUUCAUGUUGUCAGAACUCCAGGAUGGGAAGAGCAAGAUCGUGCAGAAAGCAGCCCCAGAAGUCCAGGAGGAUGUGAAGGCUUUCAAGACAGACCUGCCCCAUUCCUUGGCCUCAACCAGCCUGAGGAAGCCAUUCUCCAGUCCCCAGGAGCCAGAGCAGAUUUCAGGGAAGGUCACACACUUGAUUCAAAACAAUAUGCCUGGAAACCAAGCCUUUGGUUAUGACCAGUUUUUCAGGGACAAGAUCAUGGAAAAGAAACAGGACCACACCUAUCGUGUGUUCAAGACUGUGAACCGCUGGGCUGAUGCAUACCCCUUUGCCCAACACUUCUCUGAGGUGUCUGUGGCCUCAAAGGAUGUGUCUGUCUGGUGCAGUAAUGACUACCUGGGCAUGAGUCGACAUCCUCGGGUCUUGCAGGCCACACAGGACACCCUGAACCGUCAUGGAGCAGGAGCUGGUGGCACCCGUAACAUCUCAGGCACCAGUAAAUUCCAUGUGGAGCUUGAGCAGGAGCUGGCUGAGCUGCACCAGAAGGAUUCAGCCCUGCUUUUCUCCUCCUGCUUUGUGGCCAAUGAUUCCACUCUUUUCACCUUGGCUAAGAUCCUGCCAGGUUGCGAGAUUUAUUCAGAUGCAGGCAACCAUGCUUCCAUGAUCCAAGGUAUCCGCAACAGUGGAGCAGCCAAGUUUGUCUUCAGGCACAAUGACCCUGACCACUUGAAGAAACUUCUAGAGAAAUCCAAUCCUAAGACACCUAAAAUUGUGGCCUUUGAGACUGUUCACUCCAUGGAUGGUGCCAUCUGUCCUCUGGAGGAGUUGUGUGACGUGGCCCAUCAGCACGGUGCCCUGACCUUUGUGGAUGAAGUCCAUGCUGUAGGAUUGUAUGGGUCCCGGGGCGCUGGGAUUGGGGAGCGUGAUGGAAUUAUGCACAAGAUCGACAUAAUCUCUGGAACUCUUGGCAAGGCCUUUGGUUGUGUGGGUGGUUACAUCGCCAGCACCCGUGACUUGGUGGACACAGUGCGUUCCUAUGCUGCAGGCUUCAUCUUCACCACCUCACUGCCCCCCAUGGUGCUCUCUGGGGCACUGGAAUCUGUGCGGCUGCUCAAGGGAGAGGAGGGCCAAGCCCUAAGACGAGCCCACCAGCGUAACGUCAAGCACAUGCGCCAGCUACUAAUGGAUAGGGGUCUUCCUGUCAUCCCCUGCCCCAGCCACAUCAUUCCCAUCCGGGUGGGUGAUGCAGCACUCAACAGCAAGAUCUGUGACCUCCUACUCUCCAAGCAUGGUAUCUAUGUGCAGGCCAUCAACUACCCAACUGUCCCCCGGGGUGAGGAACUGCUGCGCCUGGCACCCUCCCCACACCACAGCCCUCAGAUGAUGGAAGACUUUGUUGAGAAGCUACUGGUAGCUUGGAACGAGGUGGGGCUGCCCCUUCAGGAUGUGUCUGUGGCUGCCUGCAAUUUCUGUCACCGUCCUGUGCACUUCGAGCUCAUGAGUGAGUGGGAACGCUCCUACUUUGGGAACAUGGGGCCACAAUACGUCACCACUUACGCCUGAGAAGCCAGCUGCCUCAUAUUCCUCCUUCACUUGUAAUUCACUUAAAGCUGGGCCUCCUCCUGUCCUCUGCUUUGCUGUGUGCCUCUAGCUGACUUGAGUCUGAAAAUAAAGAGCAAACUGCA